AAAAAAUUUUAAACAAGACCCAAAAAUCCAUAGAAGAACAAACACCGUAAUUUUCCCAACCUUAAAUAUUUUUAUUUAUAAAAUAAUUAAUAAUGUUAAGUACAAUAGUAGAGAUGCGGGGACAACGCGGAAGAGAGGCGGAUAGUCAACCUGGAGGAGUCAGUGGUCAGCGCGAAGAAGAUUAACGCCAUUCCUAUCGUUCUUAGACACUAAAAUUGUUUGUGCUGUAUAUGUUAUUUUAUACUUUUAUCCCCAAUUUUUGGGUUUACUCUAGGGUUCUGAAUGUGAUUUAUAAAUCAGAGGCAGUUGCGUAUUAUUCGGCUAGUCAAUGAUGGUAAAGGAGACGGAAUACUACGACGUUCUAGGGGUCAGUCCAACGGCUACAGAGUCCGAGAUCAAGAAAGCUUACUACAUCAAGGCUCGGAAAGUACACCCAGAUAAAAACCCCAAUGAUCCUCUUGCUGCACAAAAUUUUCAGG